AUGGCGUCCCAUCCUAAGCGUCGGUACGGAUUUACAGGAGAAGGAACGUAUGGUGUUGUCUACAAAGCCCGAGACACGACCAGCAAUGCUAUCGUCGCCCUCAAGAAAAUCCGCCUCGAAGCUGAAGACGAAGGCGUGCCAAGCACUGCGAUCCGAGAAAUCAGCUUGCUGAAAGAGCUGCGGGAUGACAAUAUUGUCAAGCUCCUGGAUAUCGUGCACGCAGAUCAGAAACUCUACUUGGUCUUUGAAUUCCUGGAUGUGGAUCUGAAACGAUACAUGGAGAACGGCAAUCAGCGCAACACCCCGCUGUCACCUGCACUUCUCAAGAAGUUCACGCAUCAGAUGAACUCGGGUCUGCUGUACUGUCAUUCUCAUCGUAUUCUGCACCGUGAUUUGAAGCCGCAGAAUCUGCUCAUCGACAAGACGGACAACCUCAAACUAGCGGACUUCGGUCUUGCUCGCGCCUUCGGUAUCCCGAUGAGGACUUAUACGCACGAAGUUGUAACCCUUUGGUACCGUGCCCCCGAGGUCCUCCUUGGUUCGCGCCACUACUCUACCGCGAUUGAUAUGUGGUCUGUCGGCUGCAUCUUUGCGGAGAUGGCGAUGCACGGCCACCCCCUGUUCCCUGGCGACUCAGAGAUUGAUCAAAUAUUCAAGAUCUUCAGGAUCCUCGGGACGCCGAACGACGAGACUUGGCCAGGUGUCAGCGCGCUGCCGGACUAUAAGCCGACCUUCCCCCAGUGGUCGGAGCAGGACCUAGGCCGUAUUGUGAGCACGCUGGAUGAAGAUGGGCUCGACAUGCUGAAGAAAACUUUGGCGUACGAUUCUGCAAAGCGCAUCUCAGGUAGAGACACACUGAUCUUCGCCCCUCCAUUGAGAUACUCAGUAUCAUUCUGUUUGCCAUAUUUUUAG